AUGGAUGAGCACUACGACGCUAUCAUUUUGGGCACUGGCCUGAAGGAAUGUGUCAUCUCUGGCAUGCUGUCGGUUAGUGGAAAGAAGGUGCUUCACAUCGAUCGCAACAACUACUAUGGAGCCGAAAGUGCCUCCUUGACACCGCUGGAGCAGCUCUACGAGAAGUUCCUUGGCACCAAUGCUAAGCCUCCACAAGAAAUGGGGCGUGGCCGUGAUUGGAACGUUGACCUGAUCCCGAAGUUCCUUAUGGCCAACGGGUCGCUGGUCAAGCUACUGAUUCACACCGGUGUCACCCGCUAUCUGGAAUUCAAGUCGAUUGAAGGCAGUUAUGUCUACCGUGGAGGAAAGAUUUACAAAGUGCCGGCAAACGAAAUGGAAGCACUGUCAAGCAGCCUUAUGGGAAUGUUUGAGAAGCGCCGCUUCAAGAAAUUCCUUGAAUUCACCCAGCAAUUUGAUCCCCAGAACAAGGCUACUUGGCAAGGCCUAGACCCCAACGUCAACACUAUGCAACAGGUGUACGAAAAAUUCGGGCUUGACGAGAAUACAGCCGACUUCACCGGCCAUGCCCUGGCUCUGUAUCGGGAUGAUCAAUACAAGUCCCUACCUUUUGCGAAGACGAUCGAGAAGAUUCGUCUUUAUUCCGACUCUUUGGCCAGAUACGGAAAGUCACCUUACCUCUAUCCGCUUUAUGGUCUUGGAGAGCUGCCUCAGGGAUUCGCUCGUCUAUCUGCUAUUUACGGCGGCACCUACAUGCUCGAUAAACACGUCGAUCACAUUGUUUACGAGAAUGGUAAAGCCGUCGGCGUAAAAUGUGGCGAGGAGGUCGUACGUGCCAAUCAGAUCUAUUGCGACCCUUCCUAUGCUCCAGACAAGGUGAAGAAAGUUGGACAAGUGGUCCGAGCUAUCUGCCUCCUGAACCACACGAUCCCCAACACUCACGAUUCGUCCAGCUGCCAGAUCAUCAUCCCGCAAAAACAAGUCGGAAGACAUUAUGAUAUCUAUAUUUCGAUGGUCUCUAAUACGAAUAUGGUGACACCAAAAGGAUGGUACAUUGCGAUGGUGUCAACAACUGUCGAGACGGCCAACCCGCAAGCGGAGAUCGUGCCCGGUCUGCAAUUGCUGGGCCCAAUUGCUGAGAAAUUCAUCAGCGUUUCUGACGUCUACGAGCCGGUCGACCUCGGAACGGAGUCUCAGGUCUUUGUCUCGCGCUCCUACGACCCGACCUCGCACUUCGAGACCACCUGCAAAGACAUCCUUGAAGUUUUCGAGCGGGGCACGACUACCGAAUUCGACUUCAACAAGAUCACCCACCUUUCCCUUGAAGAUAACGAG